AUGACAAUGAAUCAGGACAUUGUCUGUCGUAGAUACUGGCAUUUUUGUCUACGUGAUGUUUUGGAAUGUAUUGAAGAAUUACGUAAUUUGUGGAGACCACCAUUUGAUGAACAAAGUAGAGCAGAUUACUUUUACGUCAAAGUGCAAAUUCUGGAAAUUUUCAACAUUCGUUUAGGAUGUCAACUAGGUUAUCAUGAUCAUCGUGAACCAUAUGAGCUCAUAGUUCAAAUUGACCGUCGAUUUUUCAACUGGCACAAUCGUCAACUAUAUGGUAGAACGGACCCAAACAGUUCCCAAGGAGGACAAGCUCUUCAAAAUCACGAUCCCAACAAUGGUCAAAAUUCUCAACGCGCCGAAAUACCAGGUGCUUCAAUGAUGAUCAGAGCAAUUCGCCGCAAUGAAUCUAUUUCAACACUCUCGUCUGCAUCUAUGGACAGGCCCGUUUCAAGACUUUCCUGUGAUGAGAACUCAUUCGCUCUCGCAGCAAUUUCACCGAUGGGCUCUGUUGAAUCAAUCAAUGAUAAUGAUGACACCAACGCGUUCAAUUAA